AGGGUGGGGUUCCCUUGGGGGUGGAAUGCCUGGGGCACAGAUGGAGCAGGCCAAAUCUUUGGGCCUGACAUAGGAUUGGGCCUCUUUCCUGCCGGAGUCCUGGCAUCGCCCCCAGCUUCCUGGUGCAGACUCCUGAGUCUUCCUCUCUCCCUAUGCAGUCUCCCUUGCAGAAAGCAGGAACCCAGCGCCAGUUGGACCCCUUCCCGCUCAGCUUCAGUCUUGUCCCUGGGUGCCCGCAGGAAUUACCCCUUUGGUCAGGCAGCCGCUUUUAUCGGUGAGGGGACUACAUCUCCCAGCUGCCCCGGGCGGGAACUUCCUGACGCAGCACCCCACCCACCCACCCCCGCCCCCGGCCCCCAAACCCGCGGGGAUGUGCGGGCCGACUGGGGGAGGUGACUUGAUGUCAUCGUGAGCAGCUGGGCGGCGGGUGCCGGUGCGCACAGAGCCGGGUCUCCUGUGGUGCUGCGCGGGUCGGGUGCCACGACUUGAGGAGAGGUCUGCGCGCUGCCCCGGCCAGCCCAGAGCCCGUCGGGCGCCCGCACCCCGACCCGGGGCUGAGUUGGGUGCACGCUCCGGCCCCCCCGGAGCCAGAGAGAGAACCCAGGAGCGCCGCCGCCCAGCGCCAGCGCCCUGAACCGGACCGCGGCUCGGGAGCCCUGAACAGCUGCUCCCCUCCCCACCGGCAGCCCCUGGAGGGUCGGCGACCAAAGUCUGGGCAUCUGAGAAAGCCAGGGUGGGAACCCUAACUGGACUCUUCCGACCCUCAGGAAGGACCUGAGACCUGAGCCAUCCUCCUCUCUACCGUGCUUGCCCCCCAGGACUGGGCAGUUGCCAGAGGCCCUGGGGGGGGGGGCCAGGACUGUGCUUGUGCUCCUCCCCACCGCACAGGAUGGGCCCAAGUUAGUCAGCCCAGCCUCACGCAGCGUCCUGCAGGCCCAGAGGGAAGCUCAGGGGCUCUGAAGGCUUGGCCCACCGCCUGACCGCCAUGGAGACGAAGCUGCCCCCCGCGAGCACCCCCGGCAGCCCCUCGUCCCCAGGGCUGUCCCCGGUGCCCCCACCCGACAAGGUGGACGGCUUCUCCCGCCGUUCCCUCCGCAGGGCCCGGCCCCGGCGGUCCCACAGCUCCUCUCAAUUCCGCUAUCAGAGCAACCAGCAGGAACUCAUCCCACUACCCCUGCUCAAAGAUGUGCCAGCCUCUGAGCUGCAUGAGCUGCUGAGCCGGAAGCUGGCCCAGUGUGGGGUGAUGUUUGACUUCUUGGACUGUGUGGCUGACCUGAAGGGGAAGGAGGUGAAGCGGGCGGCGCUCAAUGAGCUGGUGGAGUGUGUGGGGAGCACUCGGGGGGUCCUCAUUGAGCCUGUCUACCCAGACAUCAUCCGCAUGAUCUCAGUGAAUAUCUUCCGGACGCUGCCGCCCAGUGAGAACCCUGAAUUUGACCCUGAAGAGGAUGAGCCCAACCUUGAGCCUUCAUGGCCACAUCUUCAGCUGGUAUACGAGUUUUUCCUGCGUUUCUUGGAGAGCCCAGACUUCCAGCCCUCCGUGGCCAAGAGAUAUGUGGAUCAAAAGUUUGUCCUGAUGCUCCUGGAGCUAUUUGAUAGCGAGGACCCUCGGGAGCGUGAGUACCUCAAGACCAUCUUGCACAGGGUCUAUGGAAAGUUCCUGGGGCUCCGGGCCUACAUCCGCAAACAGUGCAGCCAUAUCUUCCUCCGGUUCAUCUAUGAACUGGAGCACUUCAAUGGCGUGGCUGAGCUGCUGGAGAUCUUAGGAAGCAUCAUCAACGGCUUUGCGCUGCCCCUGAAGACCGAGCACAAGCAGUUUCUUGUUCGAGUCCUGAUUCCCCUGCACUCUGUCAAGUCGCUGUCUGUCUUUCACGCCCAGCUGGCAUACUGUGUGGUACAGUUCCUGGAGAAGGAUGCCACUUUGACAGAGCAUGUGAUCCGGGGGCUGCUCAAAUACUGGCCAAAAACCUGUACCCAGAAGGAGGUGAUGUUUCUGGGGGAGAUGGAAGAGAUUCUGGAUGUCAUUGAGCCCUCCCAGUUCGUGAAGAUCCAGGAGCCCCUCUUCAAGCAGGUGGCUCGCUGUGUGUCCAGCCCCCAUUUCCAGGUUGCAGAGCGGGCUCUGUAUUUCUGGAACAAUGAGUAUAUCCUGAGCCUCAUUGAGGACAACUGCCAUACUGUGCUGCCUGCUGUGUUUGGGACCCUCUACCAAGUCUCCAAGGAGCACUGGAAUCAAACCAUUGUGUCUCUGAUCUACAAUGUGCUCAAGACCUUCAUGGAGAUGAAUGGGAAGCUAUUUGAUGAGCUCACAGCCUCCUACAAGCUGGAAAAGCAGCAUGCUGGGGCAUCCAAGCCCAGUUGUCCCCUGCAUCCUCCAAUUAUCCUCCCAAGUACUUCUUCCAGGGAACAGCAGAAGGCCCAGGAACGUCAGGAGCUGUGGCAAGGCCUGGAGGAGCUACGGCUACGCCGGUUACAGGGGACCCAGGGGGCCAAAGAGGCCCCGCUCCAGCGGCUUACACCCCAGGUGGCCACCGGUGGAGGUCAGAGCUAAGGAUCCUCAGAAGGGGAGGAGCUAAACCCAGAGCUGUCAGUUCCUCCAUCUCCCUCCUGCCCAGGGGUCCAGAGAGAGACACACCUACUCCUGGCCUUGCCAGAGGGGGCUCGGAGGGCUUCCUGCCUGGCCCGGCGUGGGCAGUUUCCACUGGGGGGAGAGGAGGAGAGAUGGGGGUCCUGGCAACAGAACUCUCAGGCCCUCCUGGCAGGACUUGACCAGGGCAAGCUUGACCAGGAAGCUGCCAUCGGGGAUCUGCCUCUGCCCCACAAAGCUGGGCUACAGACUGCAGGCAGGUUCCCACCCCCUGCUCCCAGCCUAGGGCAAGGGGACUCGGCCCCUCACCUGCCCCACCUUGUGCCAGCGGGAGGUCCUUCCUCACCCCACCAUGGGAUCCAUGGUCUAUUUAUUCUCCCCCAGCUCACCUGCAACACAGACAUUAUCCUGGGCCUGGGGCACCCUCCUUCCUUCCCUCCCCUCCCUUGCCCUGUACAUCCUUGUCCCCUUUUUAUUUAUUGGGUAGGGGGAGGGGUGAGGGCACAGGCAGAGGAUUCCCUGUGUCCUGGGGCAAGGGGGGUGGUGGUCACAGUAACCAUGGUCUGUUCCCCUUUCCCUGGCUGGGGGUAGAUUUAA